UUCCCUUUAAAGUUUAUUGGGAACUGACCCCAGUGCUUUACCCCGUGUAACCCACCUGGGAUUGUGUGUUGCAGGGUCCAACUCCAGGGCUUGAUGUGGAGCUCCAGCUGCUCAGCAAAAAGGCUCAGCCAUGGCAGACAAAGCCAAGCCCAAGGGUGGCAAAGGGAAGUCCAAGAAGAAGGAGAAGGCGGUGGUGAAGGAGGUGGACGUGCUGGGCCCCGCCGCCAUGCUCAACGCCUACUACAUCUCCCACAACGCCGCUGCCUUCCUCGAGUUCCGGGGCUACCCCUGGCCUGGCUCUCCCAAAAAGAAGGGGAAGAAGAAGUGAGAGCCAAGCUCCCAGGUGAUUAAACUCGUCCUGACCUCUGCAGUGUUGGCUCAGGGGUUUCCCUUG